UGCCUUCACAAAUUGUCACCUUCUUCCCCUGAAUCCUCACUCCCAGUGCCUUCCCACAUUCACCAGGUUUCCGGGGAAGGAAGGAAGAUGUCAAGCCCUCAGUGUUUUGAGAACCCACCAAGCCUGAGCUCGACUUGUGGAGCAGGACGUGUUGAAGAGCUUGCAGGCUUCAAAACUUACGUCACUGGCCCUUCCGAUUCCAAGCGCGCUGUUAUUCUCAUCGCUGACGUUUUUGGGUAUGAGGCUCCUGAGCUGAGGAAACUUGCAGAUAAGGUUGCAUCUGCAGGAUUCUUGGUGGUUGUACCCGAUUUCUUGUACGGAAAUCCCUAUGAUCUCAGUAAUCCUAAUUUUGAUAGAGAUGCUUGGAAGAAAAUUCAUAGCACGGAUAAAGGGUAUGAAGAUGCCAAGCCAGUGAUUGCCGCUCUUAAGAGCAAAGGCGUGUCUGCCAUUGGGGCUGCAGGAUUUUGUUGGGGAGGAAAGGUACUAGUGAAAUUAGCGGGCACUGAAGACAUUCAAGCAGCAGUUAUUCUGCACCCUGGUCGUAUGACUGAAGAUGAAAUCGAAGCCGUCAAGAUUCCAACUGCGAUAUUGGGAGCCGAGAUUGACCAUGCUUCUCCCCCCGAAGAACUGAAAAAGUUCGGGGAGAUCAUGUCGGCUAAAACUGAAUUCGAGAGUUAUGUGAAAAUAUUCCCUAGUGUUAGUCAUGGAUGGAGUGUGAGGUACGACGACAGCAACGAAUUUGCUGUCAAGAGCGCUGAAGAGGCCCAACAGGACACGUUGAAUUGGUUUUUGAAGCAUGUCAAGUGAAGAGAAGGCAUUCAAGAAUAUAGUGAGGGAAGCAGUAGAUGACUGCAUGUGUGAGAUGAACAAUUUGAGGACUGGUCAUCUGUUUUGGACUAGCCAUCUAUUGUAAUAUUCGGUGAGGAAACAGCGCACUGUACUGUUGUUGCUUAGAGAAAUAAGAUAAGCGGUUUCGUCCCUCAAACUUUGAAGAUUGAAAAAAUAAUAUGGCGUGUCGAGUGGUAUCGUGCCAAUUUGGAUGCA